GUUUAUCAUGAAAAUUUAUAUAUUUUUAAAAUCUUAGUAUAAAUAUUAGUAAGAAAACUGUAAACUGCAUCAGUGUGAUCUAUACUUCUGCAAUAUGAAAUUCUACGCCUUAUUCGCUAUUAUAUUGGCCCUAAUUGCUGUUGCUUUGGGCAAUCCCAAUCCUAAUCCUCAACCAAAUCCUAAGCCUUUAGGUGGUGGCGGAGGAGGCGGCGGUGGUGGUGGUUUCUACGGAGGUGGCGGUGGCGGCGGAGGCGGUGGUGGUGGAAAGUAAACAGUUCCCCUCAUCUAACAUUUGUUUAAAGAUUUACUUAUUGUUUAACAAUAAAAUAUUAUUAUGCUAAAAAAAA